AUAUCUGACGGUCAAAGACAAGAGAUCAUCACCAGAGUCCUGCUUUAGACCACGGGAGGGAGAAGUGCCUUUUUGCCAAGUUAAUAACAUUUCACAGUGGUGACACUGAACAGCUCUGACCAUGAGACAUGUGCGUGUGUGUUUCUGCCUGGCUCUGCUGUUGCCUUGGUGUGUCCAGAGUCAGAGGAGCACCCCUGCUCUUGCCAAACUCGAUGAAGACACACAGAGAGACAUGCUGGCUGUUGACAUCCUAAACCGCAGUGGGGUGUUGAACUCAUUGCUCCGGUCAGAGCAUCACACGGUGCUCAGGCGAGCACGAGCCCCACGCCCAGCCUCCCAGGUGCCAAAGAGAGCCCAGCAGGGGUCCCGCUUCGCCCUGUCUCUCGAUGUUCCCACCAGCAUCCUCAGUGUCCUCAUAGACCUGGCCAAGAACCAGGACAUGAGGACCAAGGCUGCAGCGAACGCAGAACUAAUGGCACGAAUAGGCAAGAGGAAAUGAAAAGCCCCUGGGAGCAGUCAGGGGGCUUGAUGGAGAAAAUAUCACCUCGUAGUGGAGUUAACACAUUGUGGCAC